AUGGAACGAAAUGUAAAUGAAUAUAGUGAACUAUUUUAUCAUUGUGUACAAGUAUUAAAUGAAUAUAAGAAUGAUAUAUCGGAAGAAAUAUUUUUACAAGAAUAUUUUCAAAUAAAUAAAGUCCCUGAUCAAGCAUUUAUAUCGACUAUCUUAUUCGAUUGUAGUCGACAUGCAGCAUUACUUAAAGCAAUCAUGGCUUUUUUCUAUAAAAACGAUGGUAGUCAUGUAAAAAAAUCUGAACAAAAUAUUUUUAAAGUUCUCAUUUAUAUGAUCAUUUUUCAAAUUGAAACAGUUGAGUUUAAACUGAUAAGAGGAUUUAUUAAUUCAGUACAAUUAUUUCAAAUGCAUCAGUUUAUGGAAUUUCUUACCAAUGAAGAUUAUGGUACAAUUAUUAAAAAUGAAAGUAUGAAAUUUUACGACGAGGAUUACAUCAACGAAAAUAUUGUUCGAGUUCUGGACAAAUAUCGACCAGUUUUCCGUUCUAUUUUACGUGAAAUUUCUGAUAAAAUAGAAGGACGUAUAGCAGCACGCCAACUGCCAGAACCAACUAAAGCAAAACCAUUUAAUCUUACUGCACUGAAAGAACGUAUUCCGCCUACUCCGAAACCUAUACCGAAACUAGAAAAAAGUCGACCACCACCAAAAUCAACGUACGAAUCAUCAACUGAACAAAUUGAAUUAGAAAGAACACGUGAUGAAAAUCAUCGGCAGGGUUUACACAAAUUAAAUCAAGUACAAUCAUUAUCGUUUCAUUUUAUGCAGACAGAAAAAUCGAAGAGAACUCAAAUUAAACAAGCACAAAUUAUUGAGGAAAAUGAAAAAAGUCGUGAAUUUGAACCUAUCCGAGCAAUUCCACUGCCGAAACUACAGGCAAAUAAAAUUACAGUUAAGUUAAACGCCGCUGCAAUACUUAAAGAAAAUGAGAUAUACAAAAAGCAAGAAGAAAAUGUUCGUCAACAUUUGCUUGAUCUCGAGGCUGGUGGAAGAGAAUCACACGAAUUUUUUCAAUGGCAAGAGACAAUGCAAAAACAAGAUUAUGAACAACAAAUAAAUGCUAUUGAACGAAAACGACUAGAAGGAAGAAUAAGCUAUGAAGAAGCUAUACUAGCACGGCAACGUCUAACCGAUGAAAAUCGACGAAUAGCCGAUGAAAUUAGACGACAAACACGUGAAGCAAUUGAGAUUCAUGUCAAAGAAAAACUGAAAGAAGAACAAAGAAUGAAACAACUAGUCGAAGAAGUUGUUAGUGGAAGAGAAAAUGCCAAAGCCGCACAACAAAAACUUCAACAAUAUAAAACAGAUUUUGUUAAACAAUAUAAAGAAGAAAUAAAACAAUUAAUGAAACAAGCACUUGAAGAGGCUGAAGCAGAAAUGCGACAACGUGCCGAAUUAAUUCAACAGAUUCGAGCCUUCGAAUUACUACCGGUCGAUCGAUGGAGACCUGUUGAUCGAACGUCAGUACCUGGCUAUGGCUUCCACGACGAAAUGUCUAUAGCUGAAAUACGUGAACGUCUUGAAUUAUUAAAACUCGAACGAGAAAAAGAACGUGAACUACGACGUGAUCAAAUCGUUAGAGAAAAGCAAACCAAAGAAAAAAUGUUAACAACUACAGUUCGAAGUAUAGCUAAACGUCGAAGUGAUUUAACAACACAAGCAGCUAUGAGAAAACGAAGAAAUAUAAGUGCACCACCAGCUGUUGAUAAAAGUAAUCCAGAACUUGAACAAUUAAAAACUCAUUUAGAACUAAAACGAGCUCAACGUCUAUCAAAUCAACAACAACGAGAAACGCUUCAAUCAUGCGGAACAUCACUGAAAGCUUCCAAUUCAUUUGUAAGAUCAUCCAGUGAAUGGAAUCGUCUUGAACAAGUCGAAAAAGCCUGUGAUAAAGCACAAAAACGUACUGCGCCGUCUCUUAUUGCAUGA